AUGUCGCACCCAGAGUCCCCCGAAUUUCAGCAGGCCCAGCAGGCCACCGAGGCUUUCACCCAGAAGCCUACCAACGACGAACUCCUUCGCCUCUACGCUCUUUUCAAGAUUGGCAAGGGCUUCGAUUUGGAGUCGGCUUCCAAGCCUGGAAUGUUCGACAUGAAGGGCAAGGCCAAGUACGCGGCGUGGAAGGCCGCUUACGAGGAGGAGGGCAUCACCGACCCCGAUGAGGCACAGAAGAAGUACGUUGAGUUUGUCGAGGGGCUCAAGUCCAAAUACACCUGA